AUGACUGUAUUUAAAGAUCAGAUAGCACUGAUGCUUCAACGUGUGUUAGAAUUAGAAAACAUAAUACAAUCGGCGAAGCAAGAAAUCAAUGGGACAGGACAAUUUAAAAUACCAAUAAAGCACCCGAGUGUAGAUGUAUUUCGAGAUUGCAGCGAGAUAUUCAAGAGGGGCCAUUUGAAAUCCGGAGUUUAUAUGAUUCAGAUUUUCCACGGUUUUUAUCCAAUUUCUAUCUAUUGUGACAUGAGUUCACCCGGAGUGUUUUCAGGAAAACGAGGCUGGAUGACAAUUCAAAGAAGAAUAAAUGGAGAAGUCAAUUUUGAUCGAAGUUGGCACGAUUAUUUGCAUGGCUUUGGACUUCCAGAUAAGGAACAUUGGAUAGGAUUACAAAAUAUAUUGAGAUUAACAGAACAAAAAAGAACUGGGAAAUAUGAUAAUAAAAACCUGGCCCUACGAAUUGACGUGGAAGACUGGGAUGGUAUUACGGGGUUUAUUGAGUACAACGAUUUCAGGCUGUCAUCAGAAGAAUUCGACUUUGAGUUAUCUGGCUUAGGAAGAUUCGCUGGAACAAAUAGCAUUAAACGGCACUUAGGCUUCAGCAUUUCUUCGCCAUUUAGCACAUACGAUCAUAAUAACGAUCGACUAAGAAGUGAAGCAUGUGUUAAAUCUCAAAGAGGCGGGUGGUGGUUUGGAUAUUGUAGUCACAUGAAUCUUAACGGGAUUCACUCUGAAAGCAAAGAAACAAUGAGCGACGGGAAAAUAUUCAUUCAAGACUGGAGGAGCGUGAAUGAAAGAAAUACCGCACUACGUUACAUUUCUAUGAAACUACAAUAA